AUGUUAUAUUCCGAAAAUCCUGAAUGGAGUGAUGUAAUACCUGUACCUCAGGAUGAUGGACCUAAUCCUCUUGUUCCUAUUGCUUAUGCCAAAGACUACAUUAUCGAUAGAAAUCCUGCACACUAUACAGUCUGGAAUUAUAGACAGCAGGUCCUAUUUGCCUUAAACUCAGACUUACAAAAGGAAUUGGAUUACAUUGAUGAGAUUGCACCUGAUCAAAUUAAGAAUUAUCAAGUAUGGCAUCAUCGUCAAGUUAUUGUAGAUCGAUUAAAUAACGGAGAUAGAGAAUUACAAUUUAUAAAUACCAUAUUGGAAGAAGAUCCAAAGAAUUAUCAUGGAUGGUCCUAUCGACAAUGGGUUGUAAAACGAUUUAACUUAUGGGAACAUGAGUUAGCUUUUACCAAUGAUUUAUUAGUCUAUGAUGUUCGAAAUAAUUCUGCAUGGAAUUAUCGUUAUUAUAUCUUGUUUAAUAAUCCUAAAGCGCCUUCAAACGAACUAAUUCAAUCAGAAAUCAAAUUAUAUGAAAAGACAAAUAAGCCAUUCAAAGAAAUGGAACCUUUUAUAAAGCAAUUAAUAGAGUCCAAUACUCAAUCACCCUUUCUUCUAAUUGCUUAUAUCGAUAUUUAUGAACAGAAUGCAAGACUUGAAAAUAAGUCUAUUGAUCCAGUUGCUUUAGAGAUGUGUAAAGAAUUAGCUGAAAAGCAAGACCCUAUUAGAGAAAAAUAUUGGAAUUUUAAAAAGAAGAUGUUAGAGGAAUUAAAUAAUAAUAAAGCCUAA